AUGUACGAUGGUGUUUUGCGCCUCAAAAUACCCAAUGGUGCCAACAUUAUCGGAUUUGCGGACGAUAUAGCAGUAGUUAUUACGGCGAAGAAACUGAGCGACAUCUGCGAAAAAGCAAAUCGAACCAUAGCGUCCGUUAAUUCAUGGCUGAUGCAAAACGGCCUUCAACUCGCCGAGCAAAAAACGGAGUCCGUUCUCAUAUCAAGCCGGAAAAAAGUAGAAGUGGCAACUAUACAAGUUGGCAAUCACAGCAUCACGGCAGUACCAGAAGUUAAAUAUCUGGGAAUAAUGAUAGAUAGGAGAUUAUCCUUUAAAACUCACCUGGAGUAUACGACCAAAAAAGCAUCAGUAACAGUAGCAGCCUUAUCGCGAAUAAUGCUAAACGCCCGCGGGCCAAAACAACGGCGACGUCAACUCCUAGCAAGCGUGGUGAAGAACCAAAUAUUAUAUGGUGCUCCGGUUUGGCACAUGGCUACGCAACAUCCUUCCUAUUUCCGCGGUAUAAAGGCAGCGUAUCGUUUAUGUGCGCUUCGAGUCUGUUCCGCAUUUAAAACGGUUUCAGAAGAAGCAGCGCUGGUUAUAGCUGGGAUGUAUCCAAUAGAGAUAUUGGCAAACGAAGCUGCAGUAUUGGCUGACCGUGAAACGCAACGCAUCGUAGCACGGGAAACCAGUACCCAAACUUGGCAGCAAAAGUGGAAUAAUACAACGAAAGGCCGCUGGACACAUCGCUGCAUUCCAGACUUGCGAAGCUGGAUUGAAAGAAAACACGGAGAAGUGGAUUUCUAUCUGGCGCAAUUCUUAACCGGGCAUGGAUGCUUCAAAGCAUACCUGCAUCGGUUCAAACAUGAAUCGGAUCCCAUUUGCGAUUACUGUGGCGUAAACGCGAUAGAAGACGUUCACCACGUAUUCUUCGAAUCAACAACUAUAAUCAAAUUGAAAGCAGAUUCAGAUACAGAUGCCAAUGUCAUUACUGUUGUUGCUGGUGCUGGUGCUGGUGCUGCUGUAGUUGCUGUAACCGAUAUAUUCGAUAGAGUGGUAUUUCAAAAAGAAGAACAAGCAAUACUUAAAGACAUAGCCGAGAAUGUGGAGGCAUUGUUGAAGUACCAUGGACAACCAAGUUGUCCCAAAAUAAUUGGUCAUAUUUGUGGCGGCCAGUGCUGCACGAACGCGACUGAAUUGGAGCUGAGACAGAAGUCCACCGCCGUAUUUGAACGUCUGUUGCAUCACCACACCAAAAGUCUAAGCGGCAUACUCGUCUCCACGGCGAAUUUGUUUCAAAGUCAUGUGCUUGAGCUUGCGGAGCAGUCUGAAAACAAAACGUUGGCGGUAUUUUCUCAAGUGUACCGACGUAUGGUGCCUCAAUCAAGCGAAUUAAUCCACCAGCUUUAUUCCGAAAUCAUGAACCACCUGAGGAAUGCUAACAACAAUAACCUCAAUACCGGCAGCAACCUAAGCGAUCUGGAAGAUGCCAUACAGAAAUUCUUUGUAAAUCUCUUUCCGGUCGCCUAUCACCAGGCGGUGCACUUGAGCAAGGACAAUUACGGCGAGUUACACGAGGAUUACAUCAAUUGCUUGAAGCACACAUUCGACGAUCUACUACCAUUUGGCAGCAUACCCAAAGAGAUCAAACAGAAUCUGCUACAAAGCGUGCAAACGGCGACAAUCUUCUUAAAUUCGCUACAGCAAAGUGCCGAAGUGCUUAGCGAGACUGAUGAUUUGUAUGCAAUGUAUCUGACCAAUACCUGUCAAAACCAUUUACUCAAAAUGAAUUUCUGUCCGAGUUGUAUGGGACUGCAGAAGAGCCACGUGAAGACGUGCUACAGCUUCUGCAUGAAUGUACUGCGCGGCUGUUCGGCUCAAUACGCUGGCGUAUUGGAUAGCCCUUGGUCGAAUGUCGUGGAUGCCAUUCAAAACCUAGUUACGACGCACAUACGUUCGGACAGCGGCAUUGUAACAACAAUCAAGCAACUGGAUAUCAAAUUAUCUGAAACAAUCAUGCGGGCUAUGGAAAAUGGACCUGACCUAGAAAUGAAGGUUAAGAAAACAUGUGGCACACCCAAAUUAUUGCCCUCACUGACCGCAGACAACGAGCUGCGUUCUCCGCAACCGCACAACAUUAAAUGGGCCACCCCACCGGAUGCGGAAAUCCUGCACUUCCAAUCCACCAUAGACAAAUCCAAAGAAUUCUACUCAAACAUCAUCAACAAUGUUUGCGAAGAUGAAGAUAUCCAACGGAGUGAUCAUAACUGCUGGACAGGCGAUCGUGUCGGCGACUACACCCAACUGGUAAUGGCUCAAGGUUCGGAUACGCAACGUUACAAUCCUGAAGUGCCGCUGGUGUCUAAUUCGCAUUCAACGAAAUUGAAUGAACUGGCGGACAAAUUGAUAAAAGUGCGCAAAAACAUUGGAACAGCGAUACCAUCCACAACACGUUCAUACUCAGACAUACAAAGCGACAUGGCGCGCCAUGAUGAGGAAGGUUCGGGUCACAUGCCUGACGACAUGGAUGAUGAGGAAUACGGUAACCAGAAUGGCUCCGGCGACGGCUCUGGCGAUGGUGCAACUUCAUCGCCAUUCGAUCCGUUGGGUCCAACCGAAAUCAUCAACAAUGAGAUUGAAACACGUCAAGACUCGGCGGCGACGGCGCUCACAGCCGCGUGCCCCAGUCGCAUCAGCACACUGAUUGCCGGCGCAGCAGUACUAGUCACAUACGCAGCCCUUUUGCGAAGCAGAAGCUAAACACAAGCAAUGCACCACAGCGCAGCUCGCCAGCAAUAAACGUAUGGGGAAUGCAAACUAAUUUUGUUGCACUUUAGAAAUACUAUGUAUAAUUAAUUGAUAUAUGUAUGUAUGUAUGUGAACGACAAAGUAAAAUGGAAAAAAUUACUUAUAUAAAAAUUUAAUUUAAGUAUACAUAUGUAUGUGUAUAAGAUACUUGGUGGACACACAAAGGUGUCAUAAGUGUUGUAUUGUUGUAUGUUGUAAAUUUUUAAGCGGCUAAAAGUGUAUUUGAAGGAUACGCAAGGCAUCGCACAAGUCAUAUUAUGAAUUUUUUCAAAGUAAAAAAAUAGCUGGUUUGGGUUUCUAGGCCUUUAAACCGUUAUUUAAACGUUAAGAACUUUAGGAUAUACGAGAAUAUGACACUUACGACACCUUGUGAAUCUCCCAACUGCAUGCACUUGUGUAUGAGUAUACGUGCAUGAGGUGUAAUUAGUGAUCGAACAUAGCAAGCAUGUAAGUGUGUGCGAAUGCAUAACAAUUGUAUGUGGAGUGCAACUGUAACUAACAACAUUGUACACAUACAUAUACACAUAUAUUGCGCACUUACACUAAGUUUUAUACACAUACAUAUCUAUACAUAAAUUUACUGAAAGCCACACGCAUGACACACAGGUGCAAGGUAGACAAGAAGAGCGAGUGAGAGAGAGAAAGCAGGCAAAGCAUUAAGCCUUGGCGCAGCACACUUUCAGGCGCAUAGUUGCGCGCGCAUUCAAUUCAACUCAACUUAAGGAAUUUACUGCUUUACAAAUACUGUUCUGCUUUCGAAGGAAAAAAUGUGUACGCAAAAGUUAACUAAAGAGGCCAAAAUUAUUGAGAGUGUAGUUUAUGCAACGGCAAAGUGUGGGCGCUGUUUUAUAAAUUGUUUUAUGUAAGUAGUAAUUAAAUUUUGCAGCUACCACAAUUCGUAUAUGUGUAGGUAAUAGUUUGCGAAAGUAUUUGUGAAUUGGUGCCUGUGACGAAAUAUUUGUAAAGAUAUCCUUUUGGAGAAAAUUAUGAAAUAUUUAUAUUAAGAAAAACUAAAAAAAAAAUUAAUUAUUGGUCGACAGAAUUUUGCGAAUAACGGUCAGUUUUUCAAUGUGAGUUUGACUUGCUGCACUGUGGUGAAGUUUCUAAUUAACCAUGGCGCUGCGUUUUACUAAACAGCAGUUAAACUUGCACCAAAUGGCUGAUGCUAAGGAUUUCAAACUCCAAUUCUCCAUUUCUCCAUUUCUUGAAAAUGUAAAAUAAUUUCAAAAAAAUGUUGAAUCUUUGCGUACGCCUUAGCCAACAUUUAGUGCAGCAGAACAUAGACUAAUAUAUCAAAAGUGUGUUUCUUUGGUAUCUAGAAGAAAAAAAUAUUACAGCAACUAAAAUAGACUAACCAACAUCAUUAACUUCCUAGCAGCUAUACAUAAUGACAAAACAAUGUUUCUAUAGUUCAGCAACUUAUGUACAUGUAAACUUAGAGUAAAUGGCAGAUAUUAGCACUUAAAAGCUAUGUAAAAACUAAACAAGCAAAUAUGGAAGAGUUAUUGAACUCACCGAGCGUUUUGAUUGCAGCGCGCGCCUACUUAUCUACUUAUCUAUUAUUGGGCUGCUGAAAGUUAGUCACUAUAAAUGAUUUACUAAGCACCGUUGUGACUUUGAACUGUAAAUAUUAAGUUUAAUUAAGGCAUAAAUAUUUGUGGAAUGAUUGUCUGUUCAUGUAUUUGAGGAGGUGAGGAAAUGUUUCAAUUGGCUUUAACUUGAAAUGCGUGUGGACAAACUAUUGCCGUAAAUUGCAUUGCACAACAAGAACAAAGUGUCACAAAACACUGAAACUUUUUUUUGCUGUAUUGUACAAUAAUUUAUGUAAUUUAAAGCAAUUAGUUAUUUGCCCGAAGUGCAGGAAUAGGUUGAACUUUUACGUUGAAUGUUAACCGUCAACGAAAUUAGGAAUCACUUUUUAAUUUAAAGAAAUUGUAUAUUUAACUUUUCUAUUUUUACAUAUUUGUUUAUGAUUUUUAGAAAUUAUUAGAAUUAACUUUUUCCGUAAAAAAUGCUAUAUUUAACUUUUCUAUCAUUUAAUAUUUAUUUAUGGCUUCCAGAAUUUUUUUAGAAUUUAUAAAUUACUUUUACGAUAUUAGAAAUCACUUUUUCAAUAAGAAAAAAAGUAUAUUUAACUUAUCUAUUUUUUACAUAUUUGUUUAUGAUUUUUAAAAUUUUUUAAAAAGCACUUUUUCUGUAAAAAAUGUGUAUUUAUGACUUUGUGUAUAUCAAAAAUUAUUAAACACAAAUAUUUAUGACUAAAUGAAGUUUACUUGAAUAAUAACGGUGCUGGCUCGCUGCCACGACCGUCAGUUCUGCAUUACCGUAAAGAGCCGGAUUUAUAUCCGGUCAAGGACUGUCACUCCAGCAACAUUCUCCAAACAUUUAAGCGGAAUUUGUAUGCUGUUCUAACAACAGCAGCGGAGCUAGCUAAUAAGCAUUAAUUAUGACUACUAACUGUUAUUUCAAUACCGUUAUAAAUUCUCGUUUUUAUCUCUUAUUCUAUUAUUUAUCGUUAAAUAUGGAAAUUGAGCGUUGCAAGCAUUAACAAACUAUUUUUAAUCCGUUACUGGUAUUUUCGUAAGUUUAAGUUUUCACUCCAAUUUGCCCAAAUUUUUUAAGAAAAAAAACUUCUUUUUCUUUCAAAUAGUACAGCUCAAUUAAUUUAAUUUUGAAUGCGCGGCAUGCUCUAGCAGCAUUUGAUGCACAAACAAUAUGACUAAAAAUCAGUGCUAAUAUUUGCAACAAAUAAAUUCGGACAUAAAAUAACUGUAUUUAAUCAGGUAACAACCAUCACAAUAAAAUGGCCAGAAUUAAGAAGAAAAUUUCACUUCUUACAAACAUAACUGCAUAUCUACAUGCAUUAAAACUUACAUAACUACAUCAUGCACGCAUACUUAGUCACCUUUUUUAUAUACAUAAAUAGUACUGCUUAACCAACAAACUUGAAUGUGCCAUAGAAUUUAAAUGCUACAGCCAACUGUUAAUAAAUAUUCACACCUACGAGUACGAGUGUGUCGUUAAGCGCUUUUCAUGUGCAUGCACGUCAUCUUAAGCGGCAACAUGCGCACACAUACAUGCACAUACACAGAUUUGUAAUUCUUUGCUCAACCAGCUUUUUGCAUAAAAGCCGAAAACACAAAAUUUACUAUCAGAGACAGGGAGCUGCUACGCAUUUGUACAACACGCGAAACAAAAUAUACCAGCUCAACAUUUUGACAAGUUUUGGCUAUUUAUUUAAUUUUUUUCAAUUUAAAUUAUUUUCUUAUAAAAAUAUAGCUCAUUAUGCAAUAAAUACCAUAAUUUCAAAUCUUGCACAAAAUUUUAAAAAAUUCGACAAAUAUGUCAUAAAAAUUUUCAAAUUUUUCAAUCAAAAUUUCCAGAAAAUCUUCUAAUACCCAGUUUUAUAUCCUAAUCAAUUUUCGUAUAACAAAAGGCAACUUUGAACGACUCAAAAUUCUUAUAAGUGUUUAAUAAUUUCUUCUUCUUUGUAAUAAAACUUAAUGUGAUAUAAAACUUUUUCUAUACAUCCUAAUUGAAAAUGCUGAAGUUUUAAUGAGAAUUUGUCCAAUUUAUUAUCUUUGUACUUUUUUAAAGAAUGAAUGAAUGAGUGACUCAAAAUUCUUAUUGAAUUUUGAUAAAUUUUCCUUCAGACGUUACUGCGUAUUUUCUUCAUAUCAAAAAUGCUCAUAGAUUUGCUAUAUGGAAAAAAUGCGCAACCUUCUCAUAAAAAAGCUACAAAAAUUUUCUAACAACUUAAAAUUUUUGGUUUAUUAUAAUAAAAUUUAAUGGGAUAUGAAACUAGAUUCGAAAAUUUUCGAAAAAUUCUGAUUAAAAUUUUAUUGAUUAUUUUAUUUUAUUUAUUUUUUUAUUAAAAUUUUUAUUUUAUUAUUAAAAAUUUUUUAUUUGAAGUUUCUAUGAAUAUUUCUCGAAUUUUUUAUCAACUUUGUACGAAGUGUGAAACUUAGUUUAAUAUGGUAUUUAUUAAAGGAUGAAGUAUGUUUUUAUAAAAAAUAAUUUUAACUAAAAAGUAAUUAAAUAAAUAGGCUGCGCUCAAAAUUUGGAGGUGCUAUAUUUUUGUGCGAACUCCAUGUAAAUAUGUACGAUUUAAAAUAAAAUCAGUUUUCUAAUUUACUACUUUCGCUUUAACUAAAGACUUUCCGAAAAAUUUCUUAUUCGAAAAAAU